UCACCUCGAGAUAUUGCGAGCAUGCGGCGGCUGUCCGAUCCAUCUCACCGUUCGGCGAUGCCCGGAAACUUCCGGAGGUGUCGGUUUUUUUGACAGGCGGCGCGAGCGCGAGCCGGCCGUUGGUCCCGCCGCCGAAGCUAAAGCUAGCCUCGCUGCUGUGGGGAGAAGCGGCGGCGAGGCUCCGACGGCGCGUUACCGCACCUGUGAAACGGGCCCGGCGGAGGGAAGACCGGCUCCUCACGUCGGUACCGAGCGACCCACUUGAGGCUGUGUUUGUUGGCCUCGACAGGGACACACACACUAACACACACGCGCGCGCGCGCGCAUCUUGUGCGUCAGACGUGAACCCGUUGGUGUUUUUUUCAGGCUAAUAUAACGCCAUAUAGAUUUAUCUUACUCGCCGUCAUAUAUAGUGACGUCAUACAUGUGAAUUAUACUCAGACGUUGGUGUGCGAGAGGGAGCUCUACCGCGUCAUGUGUUUCUUCAGGUUAUCUGUCGGUAUUUAACGCGUACAAAAAAACAACGUCGAGGAACUCAGCUUCUCUGCUUUGGUGGACCAAGAGCAAGCUGUUAAAAAAAAUAAUAUUGUUAAUUAUUUAACGUUAUACGUGUUAAACCGUGAUUCUGAUAUACAAAAAAAGGCAGACGUAUUCAGCUCUGUGUGAUAACCACGUUUAGAUGAAGGAUGCUCAUUUGUCAUCCAGAUGUGGUAAAUCAGCAGCAGUUUGAUUUGUGCAUUUGUUGUUCCUCACGUGUUCACUCUGUAACUUCAGGGUUGCAUUGUUGUCACUGACAUAACAGGUUGUCCUUCUGCACCACCUUGUAUCCAACAAUAACUGUAUACUACCACAGUGAUUGCAAUAACCACUGUGCAGUAGUAGUAGUAGAGGUAGUAUUAGUAGUAUUAGCCUGCAGAAAGAGCAGUAUGAGUAAGGAACUGUCUCUAAAUCAGUCAGCUCAAUAUGUUGGGCCCUACCGACUGGAGAAAACUCUGGGGAAGGGACAGACAGGACUGGUCAAACUGGGGAUCCAUUGCAUUAUGGGUCAGAAGGUAGCGAUCAAAAUAGUCAACAGAGAGAAGCUGUCGGAGUCGGUGCUGAUGAAGGUUGAGAGGGAGAUUGCCAUUCUGAAACUGAUUGAGCAUCCGCAUGUGUUGAAGCUGCAUGACGUUUACGAGAAUAACAAAUACCUGUACCUGGUGCUGGAGCAUGUGUCAGGAGGAGAGUUGUUUGACUACCUGGUGAAGAAAGGCCGACUGACUCCGAAAGAAGCCAGAAAGUUCUUCAGGCAGAUCAUCUCUGCUUUGGAUUUCUGCCACAGUCAUUCCAUCUGUCACAGAGACCUGAAGCCUGAGAACUUGCUCCUGGAUGAAAUGAACAACAUCCGUAUUGCUGACUUUGGCAUGGCCUCCCUCCAGGUGGGAGACAGUUUGUUGGAGACCAGCUGUGGAUCCCCGCAUUAUGCUUGCCCUGAAGUUAUACGGGGGGAGAAAUAUGAUGGGCGGAGAGCAGAUGUGUGGAGCUGUGGGGUCAUCCUUUUUGCUCUAUUGGUGGGUGCCCUGCCCUUUGACCAUGACAAUUUACGCCAGCUCCUGGAGAAGGUGAAGAGCGGGGUGUUCCACAUGCCCCACUUCAUCCCCCCCGACUGCCAGUCCCUGCUGAAGGGCAUGAUUGAGGUCGACCCUGAAAAGAGGCUCACGCUCGAGGCCAUCCAGAAACAUUCCUGGUAUCUGGGUGGCCGCAAUGAGCCGUGUCCAGAGCAGCCUCCUCCCAGGCGAGUGUGUGUGAAGCAGAUCUUGUCCCUGACUGAGCUGGACCCAGAUGUGUUGGACAGCAUGCACUCGCUGGGUUGUUUCAGAGACCGAGGAAAACUCACACGUGAUUUGCAAUGUGAUGAAGAAAACCAGGAGAAGAUGAUCUAUUACCUGCUGCUAGACAGGAAAGAGCGCUACCCCAGCUAUGAGGACGAGGACUUGCCACCGCGCAAUGACGUAGCAGACCCUCCUCGAAAGCGCGUGGACUCUCCGAUGCUGACUCGCCACGGCCGCUGUCGCCCCGAGAGGAAAAGCCUGGAGGUGCUGAGUGUUACUGAACAGGGGUCUCCUACCCCGCCUCGCAGGGCCCUGGACACGGCUGCACACAGCCAGAGGUCUCGCUCCGUCAGUGGAGCGUCAACUGGCCUCUCCUCCAGCCCUCUCAGCAGUCCCAGGUCCCAUCAGAGCCCCGUCUUCACUUUCAGCCAAUCAGACGUCACCUCUGCCACCGCUACCCUCCUCACAAAGGAGCCCAAACAGGGAAAUGCCACCGCUCCUCGCUCAGCACGGCCUCAUGACAAGCCCAAAGCUCCCCCCAACCCAAAGACCCAGACCCUGUCCACCAAGGGACCGGCAGAGCGGCCCCAUCUGCAGCCCAUCAAGUCCCUGCACCACCCAUCCUCCCGCUCGCCCUCCCCUUCUCCGCUCGCGUCACCCAUCCCUCGUUUCUUCUUCCCCUCGUCCUCUCUCCUAAAGUCAGUGACUAAGAGCUUCUAUCCAAACUCUGCCCACUGUGUGCCGCAGGUUACUCCCCAGGGCUCUCCGUUGCCCACACCCUUGGGCACCCCUGUCCACCACCCUCACCACCCCUCCUCCACCCCGCCCUCCUCUUCCUCGUCCUCGUCCUCCUCGCGGGCGGAGGGAGGGGGAGGGGUGGGCUCACUGUCCCUGACCCCGCCCUCCAGCCCAGGAGGGGGAAGCGGCAUGGCAGCCAGCAGCUCUGCCCACUGGAGGACUCGCCUCAAUUCUUUCAAGAACAACCUGCUGGGCUCGCCCCGCUUCCACCGCCGUAAACUGCAAGUUCCUACAUCAGAAGACAUGUCCAGUCUCACACCAGAAUCCAGCCCUGAGCUGGCCAAGAAGUCGUGGUUUGGGAACUUCAUCGGCCUGGAGAAAGAGGAACAGAUCUUCGUGGUGAUCAGAGACAAACCUCUGAGUUCUGUCAAAGCCGACAUUGUCCACGCCUUCCUGUCUAUCCCGUCCCUCAGUCACAGCGUUCUCUCUCAGACCAGCUUUCGGGCCGAGUACAAGUCUUCCGGCGGCCCUUCCGUCUUCCAGAAGCCCGUCAAGUUCCAAGUGGACAUCGCUUUCUCCGAAGGCGAGAGGGAGCGAGACAGGGAGAGGACCGAGAGAGAGGGCAGGAGGGAGACGGGAAUCUACAGCGUGACCUUCACCCUCAUUUCAGGUCCGAGUCGCCGGUUCAGACGAGUGGUGGAAACAAUCCAAGCCCAGCUGCUCAGCUCCCAUGAUCAACCCAUGGCGCAAGCCCUAACUGAUGAGAAGAACGGCCGGCCCCACGGGACCCCCACCCGCCAAAACUCGAGGCGUUCCGAGGGUGGGGGCGACAGGUGCGAGUGGGGCGACCGAGCGGACGGCGGGAGCAUCGGCGGCAGCGGCGGAGUUCUGCAGCGCAGAGGCUCGGCGAAGGAGAGGACCCGACUGCUGUCCUCCAACGGAACCCAAUCCCAACCCUAGGACAGGAGGCGAGGCCACGCAGCAGGAUGCCUGAACCACAGCGGGAAGAGGGCAGCGGGACGUCAUCUCCACGUAUCUCUGCGAGCCAUGAGCCGCUCCUCUUCUCCCUUGACUAAGUUAUUGCAGGUGCUUGGCCAGCGAGGAUUGAGCCUUUUCCCUCAUAAUGCUUAUUUACCCCCCAACUCCAGAUUCUUUUUGAUCUUCUGGGUCACCAGGAUUCCUUGCCCUUAAAUGAGAACAAAGUGGUAAGGAAUCACCCUUUAAUGGGAACAAAUAAUAAUAUGAAUGAGCAGUUUGCUUCCAUACAGCUUCACAGAUCAAACUAGGGAUGUUGAAGUGCUAAUGUGCAUGCCAGUUAGCAAAUCAGCCUGCUAAAGGAUGCUGAAAUGAUCAGAUAGGCUCGUCUACCAUGUCAUUGUAACACAGUAUCUGACAACAAAAAGAACGGUCUUGUAAUGGUUCUCGAGAUUACUCUUAAAAUUAACCAGUGCACUCAUAUCAUUAUUAUCAAGCAACAUGCCAGUUCAUCCUGAAAUAAAUAUAGACGUGUCUCAGCAGAUGAACCCGAAGAGUUAGAAACCUGCUCCCACUUCAGUGAGUGUGGUGAGCUGAACAAGAGGUCCUGAUUUUCUCAGGAGAAACUACAUCCUAGAAUUCCAGCAGUGUCUUCUCCUGAGGUAAAGAAAACCAACAAACUAAGCUAAGGAAGUGAAUGUGGAAAAAAAAGUAUUUUUUUAUUUAGUCUGUAUUUAUUGUUUACAUAUUUCUUUGGAGGAUGUCAGUAGCGUAGUGAUAACAGAAAAGACAGUAAUUGCAAAUACUCGACAGUGUCAGGAGAGGGAAAGAUGACCAGUUGCUUUUUUAGAAAGCAUCUGUGUCGAAUUAAAUGUUUUUAUUCUUUUGUAUUUUCUUUUUACUCAGAGACAAUAUUAAACAAUGCAUCUACGUUUUUUUGUUGUUGCAUUGGACCCCUGUUGCUCUGAAGGAAAGUAUUUUUGAUUUCAACAGAAAUAUAAACAUAAUUAUAUGAAAAAAACACGACGUGUGAAUAGUUCCAUGAACCUCAUCCCAGCUGUUUGUGCCCAGACUGAAUGAGAAGAGCAUUCCUGGUCCGCGGAUCAAACAGAAGCCACCUUUCUUGUCGAGCUUGCCUCCUAUUGCCAUAGUAUUCAUGUACCGACUCAUAAAACGACAACGGAAAAAACUAAAACAAAGGAAACUCAUCAGUGGACGUUUUUUCUCUCUCGAAAUGCCAGACUAUAAAAAGGCUUGCGAUGUCAACUCCUUGUUGAACAGGACUUCAAAAUGGGAAGCGAGCAAAGAGUCAUCGAACCCCCACGCUCCUAACGUCAGUGUUCACCAACGAGCCAAGUAGUCCAUCACCGCACUCACGCUCAUCACCGUAGCAACUCGGACAGUCACGUAUUACUCCAGCACGCUGUCAGACUAGUCCAUGAUUCUCACCAGUCUUCCUUCCAUACAGCACAAUAUGCAACACAAGUGCAGAAUGUUUCCAGAGAGACACACAGUGCUACAGUUAUGUUUAUUUUAAUUGUAUUUCUGUUAUUGUAUUUGUCACUUACCUAUCCGUUUAUUUAUUUUAAUGUAUUUAUUUAUUUAUGUGUGUUUAUUUGUUCAUGAGUUUGCUAGUGCCGUGCAUUAAUUUACAAACUAGAAACAAACAAAAUAUAUCCAGAGCUGUUAUAUUUAAUUUCUCAUUUUCACUCUUUUUUGAGUGUUUUUUUCCAAGAAGAAGGACGUUGAUGGCAGGACUGACAAGUUGCUCUAAUCGGACUUCUCCGAUGACCUUUGUUUGCAUCUCACGUGUCUUUUAUCGCACUUAUCUCUUGACAACUGGAACGCGUGUGAGACGGGUGGAUGAUGGCCGAGCGAGAGCGAGCUAAAAACUUUGCAGCAGAUGCAUUUUGAGCUUAUCGCGUGUAGAGAUUUUGACUGACACCGGGAAAUUUAACAUCAACUAACAUGUAGCCAGACCCUGACCGGCACAUCAUUUCUCUCACACACAUUAAAUGCUUGCUAAAUCGCUUCAUCUCUUGGUUUCACACCUUGACCCCUUUGACCUGUGGUGUAGCCAUCAUCACAAAAAGAAACUGGACAAAGUUGUUUGCCACACUGUCCGUAUAAACUCUUUGAUUGCUCACCAUCUCCAUCUGCAUCACCUCCACUUUCAUUGACCCAACUCUGGCUAAGAUUGUAAACUAUUCUCUAUUCAUAAGGGUCAGUAGAAUAAGGUGUUUAAAAACGAAAUGUCUAUCAUAAUUUAAAUAUAAAAAGUGCACUAUUAUAACUUGCCUGUGAUUUAAAAAAAUGAUGAUUGAAUUGAUGGUCAAAAUAAAGAGAGAUCCACCUUAUUGUUAUGGUUACAAUAAUAAACCCUAAAUUCAUGUGUGUCUA